AUGAGCAUCGACUCAAACGGCACGAUGGUCGGCAACCCGGGCUACAUCCGUGGCUAUGUCCCUCGCACGGUAUCUGGCUUUAGCGACGACAUGGACAACUAUCUGCUCCCGCCAAAUGGCCGCCCAGGCGGCAAUAUCCUCUAUGCCAACGACUCGCUCUGUCACCCCAGCCAGUCCGUUGGCAACUACAGUACCGAAUUCCCAAUGCUCAGCGUUACCGCAGGCGGUUUCAUCGCUCUCCGCUACCAGGAAAAUGGCCAUGUCACACUCCCUGAUACCAACCCGACGAAGCCGCUAAACAGGGGCACCGUCUACAUCUAUGGCACUACGGAACCGUCCAGCGACGAGCUCUUCUCCAACGUCUUUGAAAAGUGGACGGCCGACGGCACUGGUGGUAACGGCCGUGGUCGCCUGCUGGCCACUCGCAAUUUCGACGACGGCCAGUGCUACCAGGUCAACGGCCAGACCAUCUCCGUGCAGCGACAGGCUCAGUUCAAAAAGACGGCGGAGAAUCCGCAGGGAACUGAUUUGUGGUGCCAAAAUGACAUCCAGCUGCCCGCCAACCUGACGUCCGGUACCAGCUACACCCUCUACUGGGUGUGGAGCUGGCCUACCAUGAAUAUGGCUGGCUCGCCCACCGACACUCCCGGAACUGGCUUCAACAUCACUACGCUGCAAUACUACACGAGCUGUAUGGACGUUUCUGUCGCAAGCGGACAGUCCACUGCUGCCGCCAGUGCUAAAGAAAAGGCUCCUGGGUUCUCCUCCUCCUUUGUUGAGGGCCAGGACCUAAACAGUGCAGCUGUGCUCUCUCAGCUCACUGUCGGCCCCUUCCAGGUGAACGGCAUCGACACUAGCAGCAGCAGCAACAGCAGCAGCGGUACAGCUACUACACCAAGCAUAUCCACUACGGCAGCUGCAGGGGACAGCGGUAACGGCGCUGAAACCAUCGCCCUCAUCGUCCAGCGAUGUCCCGGUAUCGACAAAAACCGUAUACUCGACGAUUACGCCAGGCCAUCAGCAGACCAGCACCAGCACAUCCCUUGCAGGGUCUACUACUACAUCGACAUCUUCCUUUGGCACAGCUGUCAGCACAUCAAGCCAGGCGCCAUCGGUGAAGCCGUUUCUCUCGCGCGCCGGGUGCAGAGAGUUCGGCGCCACUUUUGA